UAAAUAAUAAAACGUUAUAGGAAGAAGUCGUUCCAUAAAAAAUAUAAUUGAUGUUCGAAAUUUAAAUAUUUUCUAUAUUCAUUUUUAAAUAUAAAAAUGAAGUGUGAAAUUCCAGAAUUUGCUAGAUGUUGUUUUUGCUUUCCUCUCAGGCUUGGAUUACUUGUGUGGACUUAUGUGAAAUUAAUAUUCAGCUUACUGCUUUUGGUCCACUUCAUAUGUCUUCUAGUAGCAAACCUUAUGCACUUAUACUACCCCGUUAGGGUGACCACAGUCAUAAGCUCAAUCCUAUUUUCAAUUUUUUUAUGUGUAGAUAUUGCUUUUCACAUAAUAUUCAUCGUCAGUGCUCAUACGAAAGAUUAUAGAAAAAUGAAGUGGUUUUAUAAAGAAGCAAUGGUUGCUUUGUGUUUAUAUAUAUUUGGUUUCUUCUGUUUCACCGUCUACGUGGCAUGUGACUUCAAUUUUACCCGCCAGUACAUCACUAUUAUCGCGUAUAUCUUGAUGUAUAUUUGGUCGAUAUUCUUCUGGGUCACAAUUAGUCAGGCGUAUCUAAUAAUGCUGGUUCGAAGCGAGGUUCUGAAGCUAGAAAGGAGUACGAAUUUCGAGUUCACAAAUCGUGCAGUGGACGCUGAGGACGCAGCGAUUUAUAACAACGAUAUUGUAGCUUAAUUAUCUGUUUCUUUGUUACCUCAUAUAUUAUACCUCAACUAAACCACAGAUCGCAAUGAUCUGAUAAAGGUACCCUGAGAUAAGUUCAAAUGCUGUGGUUCUUAGGAUUUUAAGGAAAAAAUUUAUGUGAAUGGUGUACAAAAAGUUAAUAUUAAGAGUAGUUUUAGAAAAGCCUGGAUUGCUAUCGCUACCCAAUACCUUUAGCCAGAGCUGACGUUAGAUCAAGAUAAUCUUAAACGGGGAUUGCGGGCUCAAACCUAAUCAAGCACUAUUUAAUUUUCAUAAAAUUACUUUGUGUUUCUAAUUCUUCUCGUACUUGGCGGAGAAGGGAUACAUAUAUAUUUGGGGAAACCUGAAAUCCACCAAAUGUUUCUCGAAAACCCUAAAAGGAAAAAUAAAUGCUGUAGUUCAGCAUCGGGAGAUGAACAAGUUGUUAAAGACUUUUAAUGUCAACUUAAUUACGACAAACCGAAAUACAUGGUGCUUUGGCUGGAAAUAUGGAAAUCCUAUACCUAGCAUCAUAUUAAUAAUAUGAGGAAUGCUUUACACCUUUGAAAGGUCAUGCAAAAACAAAUGAUUGACGAUAAUUUGACAUGGUGGCUUUUUCAUUCAGCCAACUCAAUACAAACAUGGCGAUAUGUCGUUCAAAAUAUAAGCGUUUUGUUUGUAAUUAAAUUCUCCUAAGCUUAUUGUUAUAUAAUAAUAAUUA